AUGGUAGAAGGCAUAACUACAACCUUGAAUGGGUAUACGUUGCACGACAAAACUCAGCCUCCGUCGCAGUUAAAAGUGGCCAUCAUCGGGGCCGGUCUAGGUGGCCUGACACUGGCCCACAGUCUGAAGAAAUCAGGGAUUGACUUCACCAUCUUCGAACGUGAUCAUGCCACGGACGCAAGGCCGCAAGGCUACCGCAUCAAAGUCCACGGAGAUACAACUGCCGCCCUCCGUGCUGUCUUGGGCAAGGAUUUAUGGCAGGAUUUUGAGCAGACAUGUGGAGAGACUGUCCUAGGGGAAACGAACAUCAAUGCAAUCACGGGGGUGGUCACUGCGAGCAGAAAGGGAAAGGCGGGUUUCGGGGACAGGGACACUUACACGGUCGACCGUUCGAUGCUGCGCAAGGUUCUGCUGAAAGGUCUUGAGUCUAAUAAUGUCCUCUGGAGGAAGGAAUUCACUCAUUACGAACUGCAGGACGAUACCACAGUAGUGGCACAUUUCCAAGAUGGCACUACGGCAAAAGCAAACCUCCUUAUCGCUGCCGACGGGACUCGCUCCAGAGUGAGACGACAAUAUCUCCCCGCGCACCGUGUGCUCGAUUCAGAAGGAGUCUGUAUAUACGGAAAGACUCCUAUCACACCUGCGCUGACUGAACGAUGCCCCUCACACCUUUUCCAGUGGAUGACUCUGGUCUAUGACAACGCACCCGCGAUGGAGAGUAUCAUAAUAGGUGACAAUCCGAUCACACUGUUCAUGGAGCCAAUGCGGUUUCCUCAUCGGGGCCGGAGAGAUGACCUACCGGAUGAUUAUGUGUACUGGGCCUUGUUGUUUCGCAAGAGACUGCUAGCAUCCACGGAGGAAGAGCUCGAGGAACUUCUGGAACAGCCUGGAAGAGAGCUCACGUUGUCCAUGACCAGUGAAUGGGACCCUUCAAUUCACGGUCUCCUAGAGUUACAAGACACGAGGGAUACAGCAGCGAUCAGAAUCCUCAGUGUCAGUCCUGACAUUCAGGAGUGGUUUCCUGAUCCUCGCAUCACGGUUUUAGGGGAUGCUAUCCAUGUAAUGAGUCCUACCGGUGGAGUGGGUGCAUGUACGGCAAUCAAAGAUGCUUAUGUGCUUGGCUCCCUCUUGGCAGAAAAGGGACUAUCGACGGCGACGAUAGGUGAGUAUGAGAGUCAGAUGCGACAGUACGCUGCUAUUAGUGUACAAAGAAGCUUUGCAGGUGGGAAGAAGAAUUUCAACAUGGAGCCUUUUACCAUGUGUAAGCAGGCUAACUUCUAA